UUUCAAGAAACUUCCGCAUUUGUGUUUCGGAUACUAUCAAGUGGCACCUGUGUCACGCCUAUACUCUUCCGGUAUGCAUAAAGAUCAGUGGCCCUUUCUCGACUCUGGGGCCACUGGAGAUCAUUCUUUGGAUCUACCUUGUAGCUUACAGUAGUUCCAUCAACCUCCCACCUACUAGUCAAAGUUGUCCUGUGAACUAGAAAUGCAGGCAAGCACGUCAGCCGUUGAAAGCUAGGUAAACACAAACUUUGAUCGCCCGGAGCGACACUCUGUCGGACAGGUAAGGUAAGAGCUGAAGCCCCGGCGGCCAUUUUAGACACUCUUGACUGAGACCAUAGCGGCCAUCGUCACAGGCAUGCAACUUUGCAACAGGUGACUACGUUCGGAUCUCCACAAGGCUACCUGGCGUCUACAGGUGACCUAAGGCGUUUCCCCAGGUGUGCGUGCGAGGCGUAAAAAGAAACGGACGAUCCUGUAACUGUGUGACAAUGCCGUGUUAAAAGACCUGGCGCUGAGUACUUCUAGUACUUUCGCGUGUCCGCCCGUGGCGUGUUUUCUAACAGGUGUCAUGGGAAUUUCCAUCGCCUGAGUAUACCUCAACUCGGAAAGGUCUGCUACCGUGAAGAACCAGACUGGUUAUACCAUACUCCAACAAGUACGUGUACAACUUACAGCCUGACUAUACCUUACAAAAAUAUAUAACUUGCAAGGCAACAUGUUGUUCCUUUGGAGGACACGAGUUUUGCUUCUUCUACUGUUGUGCUUGGCUUCACAACAAAGCGAUGGCCGGGCAAGAAUGGUUGAGACUAGAGAAAUGGACUGCUCUUCAAACUGUUCCCAACAGGGCUUGCCCUGUCGGGUUGAGAAAGAGUGCGACUGGUGGUGUACCGCGUACAACGCCACACAAUGUCCACAGACGCCUUCCAAACCGAGUCUAAAAAGACCAGAGCCAUUCGUGUUUCAGUCAGGGGACGGAGAGAACGCCAAGUACCACCUCGGGCUUAACAUCACAUGGGAACCGCCAGACGAUGGUUCCAUUGUGUUUGUGCGGGGAUUCCAGAUCCGAGUUAUGAGCAGAAAUUCUGAUGAUUUGGGCUGGAAUUACUGCGUAACUUUGAACAUCACGGGCGCAAAGUUGUCCAUGGUAGCUCCAAAGAGGAAGUUUUACUACAACUGUUUUGGAAAGGACCCUGACAACCCCAAAAUCUUCUUGCCGGGAAAGACAUACCACAUAGUCCUGUACAGCAAGCCGGAGCAGGGCCCAGGGCACAAGGACCAGAACGUGUCUAGGGACAUUACAAUGCCGGACUGCGAUAGACCUGGCAUGGAAAAAGUGGAAGAGUGCAAAGCCUAUAUCAACGUCUCUGUGAACGGAAGCACCGUGAACGUGACCUUUGACCCGGCUCCGAGUACGUUCAUCUUUGAUGGUUACUUUGUGUGGCUCAAGCCCACAGGAGACAAGGGCGAGGAGAGGGAACUUCAAACUACGACGAGCAAUGUUUUGUUCCAGGACGUUCCAAAUGGAAGAUAUACAGUCAAACUAAGGUUGAAGAAGCGAGAGUGUGAUUGUAUUGACUCGAUGACUGUGAGGCCAUUUAUCGUGCAAGCUCCAGCGGCCCCGGGCAGAACCAACCACUUCUCCGUCAUCCCCGUGCUGCUGAUCUACUCCCAUGACCACCCGCUGCACGAGACGGCCGUGCGCGCCUUCGCCGCCUUCUUACGUCAGAUCUGCGGCUGUGACGUCACGCUGGACGACUACUGCAUGCAGUCCAUCGCGAGGCUGGGGAAGAUCCCGUGGCUGUGCGGGCAGAUCGAGAGAGCUAAGCGGGUCAUCGUGGUGUGUUCCAAGGGCACCAAGCGUAUCUGGGAGGACAUCGUGAAUGCUGAGCCGUCGGUCAUGUCCCGGUACGCCCCUCCCUGUGGAGACAUGGUACGGCCCGCCAUCCACCUCAUCUCUUCAGAGUUCCAUCGGCAGAGCACGUUUGAGAAGUACAUCACCGCAUACUUCAGAUACUCAAGCGAGGAGGACGUACCGCGUGCGCUCAACGUUGGGAACAACUACAUGUUGAUGAAGCACUUUGAAGAACUCUACUUGCACUUACUGAGGUGGGACCGCCGUCCUGCAAGACCUGAUAUCGCCCUGCCAGAGUUAGGGGAGGACAGGUACCACCUGUCAGAGGCGGGAGGGAAGCUAAAGAGGUGUAUAGAUGAGAUGACGGCGUUUCAGACCGCUCACCCGACUUGGUUCCAGGACUCCCAGGGCAGCAGUCAGGCAUGUGGCGGCGGCGACGACACCUGUCUCCACCCGUACUACAGUCAUGGCUCACACGGUAACGGGCAACAGCACGACUUCGGUGGGUUUUACUCUUCUCCUCAACUGGACGGACAAUCUCGUAACUAUGGCUAUGAUGCUGACUAUGAGAGGAGUUCGGUGAGUUUGGUUGCUCCUUCCGACGUGUCCAUACGUGACAACCGUCCGUUUGGUGCCCAACACGUGACAGACCAGUCCAGGGAUGUUUUUAGACGGGAGUUUUCUGAAUCUGGGGGCAGGACACCUGACACGGUGCCGCCAUGUGAAGCCACAUUUACCAACUCGCCACCUGUCAUGAACAACGUAGUUCCGAACGGCGGGGUCGCGGAAGGUCACACACACCACAGUGAGCCAGCCGGUGAUGUGGUCCCUGAGCCGACCGAAUCAGACGACAUCUCGACCGCUCGGAACCUCACUGGCCCGAAUCUACACUUCUCUCCGAGUGUGUUUCUUCUCGAAAAACAUGUCCAACAGUUUCGCGGUGAUGGAGACAGAAAUGCGGGAGGAUAUCCAAGUGUUUCCCGAGGAGGGCAAGCAAGCGAAGAUGAAGGAAUAGAUACCCUUGUUUCGCAAGGACGUGUGACAGACGUCUAAAACAGUAUAUACUAUAAAAGAUUUGCUGUUCAUUUAUAAUAUCUCAAGAAAUGUAUGUCUAAUGUUCUAAUGGGUUAUGUUGUCAUUAAAAAAAGCAAUUUUGUAAAAAAAAAUGGAUUGCGCUCAGCGUGUUAUAUAUAUCUGCUCUAUUCUGGUAGGAAUUUGAAAUAUGUAUGGAUUUUUUUUCGGAAACGUAUAUUCACCAAUCGAUUUUUAAAAAGAGUUAAAACUCUUUUGUCUCAGUUUGUGUUUGUGUCAAAAAGUAGGCAUAUGCUGCUGAGUAGUUUAUAUGUAAUGCCCCCAAAAUGUCCAGCUCACAUGUAUUGUAUUCAGAGUGGCAAAUAUGUACCGGCACAGAAGAACCUUGCUUCAUUGAUGGCCGUUAGAUGGUCUUCAAGCGGGUAUAUGGCUUGUUUUAUACUUUUUGCAAUAUGAUCAUAUCACAGACAGAUACAAACCAAGUGUAAGAGUAUAUCGAUUGUCUGGUAGAAUAUCAAGGCAAUAAAUCACCUUGCAAUAUGUCUAUUUUAUGAUCAUCAAUGCUUCAACUUUCUUACGUUUUCAUGUUGUAGUAGUAGCAGUACUGGUACUUGAAGUAGUCUAGUAGUACAUUU